AUGGCGCCACGGGUACACUCCUCUUCUCCAACAACAGCAGCAGCAGCAGCAGCACCAUCGUCGCCGCCGGCGACGUGCACGGGCGAGCGGAGGAAGGUGUUCACCGUGUGGAUGAAGUCGCUGGUGCUCAACGGUCACGGCUGCGCCGUGUACGAUUCCGACGGCGGCAUCGUCUACCGCGUCGACAACUACGGCUCCGCCAGGUGCUGCGGCGGCGGCGGUGGCGUCUGCCUCAUGGACCUCCACGGCACCGCCGUCCUAAACAUUGUUAAAAGGAGGCUCACGUUCGGCAGAUGGGAAGGGUACAGGAGGUCGCCCGGCCAGACACCGUGGUUCACGGUGACGCGGCCGUGCAGCCCCUUCCGGCGGCGCCCGCCAUCGUCGUGCGAGUUCUGGUGCGACGACACCGGGCGCGCCAUGCGGUACACCAUCACCGACGAGCGCCGCACAGGGAAGCAGGGGUGCAGGAUCGUCGACCCUUCCACCGGACUCGCCGUCGCGGAGGCCAAGAGGAAGACGAUGGCCUGCGGGGUGGCGCUAGGGGAGGACGUGCUCUCCCUAGGGGUGGAGCCUCACGCCGACCACUCGCUCGUCAUGGGGCUGGUGCUCGUCCACGGGCUCAUGAACCACACCAUGUGA